AUGAGGGACGUGAUCAGCGCCGUGGAGGCGACGGACCUCUUGCCCGAAGACGAUGCAGCGAACGUGCAAACGCUAAGCAUCAUGAACGAGGGGGGAGGAGACCACUCAGAAGCAGAUCGCUCAGAGGCAUACCACUCCGCCAGCGAAGCGCAGAAGGACAUGAACGGAGGAGGAUUAAAUGAACCCACGCUGAGCAUAGAGAACAAGAAAAGCUCGAGGAUAAUAAUUGACAGACUUAUAUUAGAAAACUUUAAAAGCUACUCCGGUGUGAAGGUGAUUGGACCGUUCUACAAGAAGUUCAGUUGCAUCGUGGGUCCGAAUGGAAGUGGGAAGAGCAACAUUAUUGACGCCAUGUUGUUUGUGUUUGGGCGUCGGGCGAAGAAGAUCCGGCAGAACAAGCUGUGCGAUCUAAUACACAGUUCCAAGUAUUCCAUGAAGAACGAGUAUACGAAGGUAUCCAUCCAAUUCAGGACGAUCUCGGAGGGGGACCAACAGGAUGAACCCGCCAAGUGGGAGGGACAACGAGAUGAAACAGACCUGAUGCAGCCCCCCCUUCAGGAUUUGCCAGACAGCUUCACAAUCAGCAGGGAAGCAACAGCAGACAACCAGUCGAAGUACCGCAUAAACGACAAAGUGGUGACACAGAAGGAGGUAUUCGACCUGCUGCUCCAAAAUGGGAUCGACUUACGGAACAACCGUUUCCUGAUCCUGCAGGGAGAAGUGGAACAAAUCUCACAAAUGAGUCCCAAGGGGACAAAAAACGAAGAAGGGCUACUUGAAUACUUGGAAGACAUCAUAGGGACGAACUGCUACAUAGAAGACAUAAAUAAAAGUCUCGAUGAGUUGGAAAGAAGCGAAGAAGUAUACCACGAUAAAGUGAACCGACUGAAGCAUGUCUACAACGAGUUGAAGGAACUAGCUGGACCGAAAAAGGAAGCAAAGUACUACGUGCAGCUGCAGAAGUUUACCUACAAGCUUAACAUACUAAUAGUGAAGAAGGACAAAUUUGAGCUAGCCAAAAGGAUUCUAAUGAAAGAAGAGGAGCUAGCCAAAUGUAUGGAAGAAAAAGAAGAACAUAACCUAGUCUAUGCACAGUUACUGAAGGAGAGAAAAGAAAUGAACACCGUUUUAAGUUCUCUGGAAAAUGAAGAGAGUGAAAUAAUAAAAAGGAAAAACAAAGUAGACAACGAAUUCAAGGUAUUGACCACGCAGGAUGAAAAUGUGAAAAAAGAGUUACUCAUCGUUGUAGAGAAAAUACAAAACCUCUACGUGAAGAGGGAACAACUCAGGGAGAAGGACAUCCCCCAGUAUAAGGAAAUCAUAGAAAAGAAGCAACAAAUUUUAAAUGUAUUGAAAAGGGAGAGCAUACCCAAAUUGGAAAGGCAACUAGAAAAGUGCGAAGAAGAAAUGGAAAAAUACAACGAAGAGAUUAAGACAGACACAGAUAGGAUUAAUACGAUCUAUUCAAAUGAGGAGAAGAAACUAGCUCCUCUGCAAAACAGCUACGAUGAUCUAGUGAGAGUUACCUCUGAAUAUAACAACCGAUCCAACCUUAUAGAAAAGAAGCAGAAGGAAUUCCUAGCCCACCAGGAUGAACUUAAGUACUUACAGGGGAAGCUACUUAACGAGUUAAAAGAAAUGGAUGUGCAGCUAAAACACAUGAGUAAGGUCGACUCGGAAAAGAGAAAAAUCCUACACGACAAGGAAGAACUACUAACUCAGAUAAACAGCCAAACAGAACAAGCAACAAACAACCUCAUCAACCUUACCGUGAAGUACGAAACGAUGAAGAAGGAACUCAACACGGAUAAGAGUCUGAGCAAGUUACACGAACUCAUUUACCAUUUGAAGAGGACAAAGAUUAAGGGGAUUCAUGGAGUUCUUGGGGAUUUAGGAUCUAUAGAUCCAAAAUAUGAGAAGGCUUUUCUCAUCGCAGGGAAUAACUGCACCGAUUUUGUUGUGGUGGAUAAACCACAUGACGCCGUUCUGCUCUUCGAACAGAUGCGGAAGCAUAACCUCGGAAGAGUGAACGUCUUGUCUCUCUCCAUUUUGGAAGGCAAUUUAUUGCCAGUGAUGAAAAAGCAGGACGAGAAUUAUACCCCUCUCCUUCCCAACGUGCAUAGACUUAUCGACUUCAUCCGACUUAAGGAGGACAAGUAUAAAGUCUGCUUCUACUACGCUGUGAAGGAAACCCUUGUGGCGAACACGCUGGAGGAGGCACACGUUAUUGGAUAUGCUCACAAAAGGAGAGUUGUAACCGUCGGGGGGGAGCUAAUAGAAAAUGACGGUCGGAUAUGCGGUGGAGGGAUCCUGGAUAAGCAAGGCAAGGGGUCAACCAAUGCAGGCAGAGGAUCCGUAAGGAGGAGUUCCGUCAACCGAGGGGAAGAAGAAGAAGGACGCCACUCCAGCAGCGCCUUCUUCAGAGGGGAAACUACCCCCCAGUAUGACCAAAGCGAUGUAGACAAAACUGAAGGGGAUAUUAAAUCGGCCAACAAAAAAUUGGAGGAACUGAAACUACGAAAGGGAAACCUCCUCAACGAGAUCAAAGAGAUAACCGCACUUAUAGAGGACAACGAGUGUAAGGUAGAAAUUGCGAAGAAGCGAAUAGAGAAUUGCAAAAAACAACUGAAGGAUAUCGAGGGGCAGUUGCAAAACUCCGAUGUGCCAGAACUGACCCCGGAGGAGAAGAAGGAACUCGAGUCCAUUAAAGAAAUUAUUGAAGAAAAAAACGACGAAAAGAAUAAGGUGGAAAUUCUACUCAAAGCACAGGAGAGUAAAGUGAAAAUGUACUAUGAGCAAUUGCAGGACGUCGGAGGAGAAAAAAAAAAAACACUAAAAAGUAAGUUAUUGCAUGCGGAAAGACAGCUAAAUAUUACGCGGGAUGAAAUAACCAAGCACAGCAGUGAAGAGGUGAAUGCGUUGGCCAACCUACAGAAAGGAGAGAAGGACAUACUUAAAUUUACCGACGAAAUUGAAGAAUAUGAAAAGAACGAGAAGGAACUAGAGAAUGAGCUGAAGGAACUAGAAUCUAAGGGAUCCGUGGUGUAUGAGGAAAUAGAAAAGAUGGAAAAGGAGCUAGCCAAAGUGCAAGUCCAGAUGAAGCAGAACCAAAAGAAGAAGCAACAAAUUGAUGAAAACAUAUCGAAGAAGGAUCUAGAGAAUGUGGAUCUAGUGUAUAAGGCGGAACAUUUACAAAAAGAAAUAGAGCAACUUCGACACAGGGGUGUUGCCUACGAAGGGAAAAUUGAUGAAUACACACGGCUGAUUGAGCAGGCCGACCGGGUCGUGGUGGAGAACAGACCGUGCCGUGGAAGCAGCGUGGGUAGUGGUGGCAGCGCUGAUCAGAGCACUGGUGAGGAGAGCAGCAACGAAGGAAGUGAAGAUGCAAGUGACGAUCAGGAUGAUGAAACGGUGGGGGGGAAGAGAAAGCGCAGCUCGGGGGGGAACACGCAGAGCAGCAAGCGGAAGAGGGGGAGCAGUGACGCACAGGGUGAGGGUGACACAAACAGUGAAGGUGACGGUGACGAAUGUGGUGAAGGUGAUGGUCACGACGCCGAAGAGCGGGACGAGGACCAGGAGGAAGAACUCAAAGCCCUGGAGGACAUGGCCUGUGACAACGAAGACUGGAGCGAUCUCGAAAGCGAAUACGACUAUGCGAACGUAACAGACGAACAGCUCCAAUCCAUGAACAGAAAGGAAGUGGAAAACAAACUGGAAAGUAAGUUACUCCUGUUGCAGAAGAAGGCACCCAACCUUAAGGUCUUCCAAGACUACAACGUCAAGCUGUAUGACUACAUGAAAAGGAGAAAAGACGUUACCAAAUCCAGGAAGAAAAAGGACAAGUUAAAAAAACACUACGAUAACCUAUGCAAUAAGAGAAGGAAAGAGUUCCUCCUCGCAUUCAACGUCAUCUCUGCCAAGCUGAAGGAGAUGUACCAAAUGAUAGCCAUAGGUGGGGAUGCAGAAUUAGAAAUAAUAGAUUCUUCGGAAAUUUUCAAUGAAGGGAUUCUAUUCUCCGUUCGACCUCCGAAAAAAAGCUGGAAACAUAUACAGAACCUAUCAGGAGGAGAAAAAACGCUGAGCUCCUUAGCUCUUGUUUUUGCUCUUCACUACUUCAAGCCAAAUCCCAUCUAUUUCAUGGAUGAGAUCGAUGCUGCACUGGACUUCAAAAACGUUUCGAUCAUUUCCCACUAUAUCAAAACGAAGACUAACGAUGCUCAGUUUAUCGUCAUCUCUUUGCGGAACCAAAUGUUCGAGCUCUGCGAUAGGAUGAUUGGUAUUUACAAGACCAACGAUAUAACCAAGUGUAUAACCCUUAACCCGGGGAAGUUCCAGGGGGAGCAGCCCGGGGGGGAAUCCAGCACAGAGGGGGAGGAGGACCAAGUAGAGGAAAAACUCCACGAGCAGGCCAGUCCGUACGUCGCGGUGCCGAUGUGA